CUUUUUCUUUCUAUAGUAACAACUGGAGUGUACGCUUGAAUUUUCCUUGCUGCAGUGUGCUUUGGUGCAAUGAAUGUAGCACAACUUCACAAUUUCAAAUGCUUAAAAGAUACAGCCAACACAAGCCAUGCUAAUGGGAUCAGUUGCGAAGAAGAUGAGCAGAAGAUCGAAGAAAGAGGUCAAUGGAGCAACAAGCUGGAAUUCGUGCUAUCUGUAGCUGGUUCCAUCAUUGGCCUAGGCAACAUGUGGCGAUUCCCAUACUUAUGCUACAAGAACGGAGGAGGUGCCUUUCUCAUCCCAUACCUGAUUUUCCUGUUCACAUGUGGGAUCCCCGUGUUCACCUUGGAAACAGCUUUAGGCCAAUACACUAGUGAAGGAGGUGUCACUUGCUGGAGAAAGAUCAGCCCUCUCUUUGAGGGUCUAGGCUACGGCACACAGGUCAUUGUAUCCUUACUGAAUUUCUACUACAUCAUUGUUCUGGCAUGGGCCAUCUUUUACUUCUACCACUCGUUUUCCUGGGAGCUGCCAUGGUCCUCGUGUCAAAAUGUUUGGAAUCUAGACUCUUGUGUGGAGUUCCAUAAGAGGAAUGAUUCGGUCAACUUCACAGUGCCUGCUAAUGCUACGUCUCCUGUCAUUGAAUUUUGGGAGAGAAGGGUGUUGCGACUCUCCUCUGGUAUUGACCACAUGGGAUCCCUAAAUUGGGAUCUGGCCUUGUGUCUGCUGGUGGCCUGGAUCCUCUGCUACUUCUGCAUCUGGAAAGGAGUGAAAUCUACUGGAAAGGUAGUAUAUUUCACUGCUACCUUCCCCUACGUCAUGCUCUUGGUGCUUCUCGUUCGGGGUCUCACCUUGCCUGGGGCCAGCAGAGGCAUCCAGUUUUAUCUGUACCCUGACCUGGGACGUUUAGCUGAUCCACAGGUAUGGAUGGAUGCAGGAACACAAAUUUUUUUCUCAUAUGCCCUGUGCUUGGGGUGUUUAACGGCACUAGGGAGCUACAACAAGUACAACAACAACUGCUACAGGGACUGCUUGGCUCUGUGCUUUUUAAAUAGCGGGACAAGCUUUGUGGCUGGCUUUGCCAUCUUCUCCAUCCUUGGUUUCAUGUCAUAUGAGCAGAAUGUGCCGAUUUCAGAAGUGGCUGAAUCCGGCCCUGGCCUUGCCUUCAUUGCAUACCCCCGUGCUGUAACAUUGAUGCCCUUCUCUCCUCUAUGGGCCUGCUGUUUCUUUAUCAUGAUUAUUUUCCUUGGACUGGACAGCCAGUUUGUGUGUGUCGAGAGCCUGGUUACGGCCAUAGUAGACAUGUAUCCCACUGUGUUUCGCCGUAAGAACCGCAGGGAGCUCUUAUUGUUAGUGGUGUGCAUCCUCUCCUUCCUCGUGGGACUUAUCAUGCUGAUGGAAGGUGGGAUGUACAUCUUCCAGCUCUUUGACUAUUAUGCAGCCUCUGGCAUGUGUCUGCUCUUCAUGGCCAUAUUUGAGACAGUAUGCAUUGCCUGGAUUUAUGGUGCAGAUCGCUUCUAUGAUAAUAUGGAGGAUAUGAUUGGCUACCGCCCAGGCCCUAUAAUUAAGUAUUGCUGGAUGUUUUUCACCCCAGUCACCUGCAUAGGCACAUUUGCAUUUUCUCUCAUCAAAUAUACACCUCUUAAAUACAAUAAUGAGUAUGCAUAUCCUUGGUGGGGUUAUGCAGUAGGCUGGCUCCUUGCUUUGUCCUCAAUGCUCUGUAUCCCUGCAUGGAUGAUCUACAAAAUUGGCAACACAAAAGGAACUCUAAAAGAGCGUAUACAGAUUCUCAUCAGGCCGUCUUCUGAUUUACCCAGAACCAGAAAGGAACAAGAGAGCUUGCUCGCUGUCUUCUCUUUGGCAGAAUCGGCUUCACCUAAUAAAGAUGGCACUCCUCAAGGGCAACAGAUGGACACAAAGUUUUAGAACUUUAAGUGACAGCCAAGAAUCUGAGAGUUAACCAUGAGCAUAUUUCACAAGUGCCAGCCGUAAAAGUGAAAUAAAUAAAUAAAUAAAGGGUUUAUAUCAGCA